CCAAAACUUGUAUUUAUAUCUAUUAGCCAACAUCUCAUCCCUCAUCUAGACUAGAUCAUACUAGAUGAUAGAUAUAGAGUCUGUGUCUAGAUCUAGAUCUGUUGAAAAUAUAAAAAUACAUUAGUAUGUCAAAAGAAGUAAAAGAUGGAAAAAAGCGUCUGCUCAAAGCAGAAACGCCUGUACCAGGAUUAACAGACUCCAAAAAGCUAAGGCAAGAAAUUAUUUCAAAGAAUCAAGAAGGCUGGACUAUAGCAUCAGAGGAAGAUGAUGCUUUACUUAGAGAUCCUUUGACAGAUUUGCAAUCUUUUCAGGCUUCUUGUAACUUUCUCAAAUCUGCUAUAAGAGACAUUAAGAAUGUCAAGUCAAGUAGACCAGAUGCUGUUGGUGAAAUCAAUUCAAUUAGAACAGAUGCAACAAUACACUUCAUCCACAUGAAAAAGCUAAACCGGCUGGCUCAUUUUCGAUGCCGUAAAGUCAGGGAAACAACAAAUGAAGCCAAACAUAAGAUUGACCAGUGUCACCUACAACUACAGAACUUGCUCUAUGAAGCCAUGCAUUUAGAAAAAGAAAUAACAAAGUGUAUGGAGUUCAAGUCUAAAGAUGAAGAGAUUGAACUUGUUUCUGUGGAGGAAUUUUAUCAAGAUGCACCAGCUACUAUAACCAAUGAGUCUGUCACCAAAAAUGAUCCACAUCUACAAAUGCUUGGCAGACUGGAAUGGGAGUUGGAGUUAAGGAAAAACUUAGCUUCCAAGCUGACAGCUACCAAGAAAAAUAAGGAACAGCUGAGUCAAGAGAUCCAGUCCAAACAAGACUACUUGGAGACACUCCAGCCUAAACUAUCUGCCAUACUUCAGGCCACAAGACCUGUUCAAGACUAUCUUUCCAUGCCUUACAAUGCCAUCCAGGAGGAGCAUCAGAUGGCCCAGCACCUUCCCCAGCCUCUCUAUGUCCUCUACAUGCAGACAUCAGCCUUCAAAGAUGCUUGUGACAAGUGUUUAAAAGUUUCUAUCACUGGGGAUGUGGAUGCUGCAAAGUCGUUGGCCACAUGGAACUUUGAGCCAGAUGAAGAGUCAGACAGUGACCAGGAAGACUUAGAAAAACAAGAGACAAAACGCCAUAGAAGGGUGUCAGCAGAACAAAGUCAAGAAAAGAAAAACAAGAUUUUUAGAAAGCAUCCCCUCUCUGUAAACCUAACAAUCAGCAAUGAAGAUGGCACUGAACUUGAGCUUACCUUCUGCUAUCUCCUGGAACUGAAUAUCAUCACUGUCACUGUCAAAGUAAACUUAAGUGAAAAGGGAACAUUAAGUUCCAUCACUGGAGGAGAUCUCCUGUCCCCUGAUUUGAUUUUGGAUGAACUUUAUCCUGGUGAUUUUGGCAAUGACUCACCAAAUCCAGCCAAUCACUAUGAACUGAAAAAACAUGGCUUACUGGAUCUGUCAACCUACAUUCCACUUGUUGGUAGACCCUACCUUUGGUGCCAGUUGAUGGGUGGCUUGCAAUUUCUCAAAAAGGAGAUCAGCCUUGCAGAGGAUGCCGAUGGUUUUUCCAACAUAGCAAGGAUACCAGUGCAGGCCAAACACAGCAUCUGUGCUGCCAAUAUACAAAAGACCAUUUCAUUGCUUCGUCAGAGAAUCUCAUCAAGGCUAUCGCUUCUCCAACAACUGUCUUCUCUAGAAAGAGGCAUAAUCCCUGUUAGUGUUGACUUUGUCAAACAAUUCCCUGCCAAAAUUAAUGCUCACUUGUCCACAUGGAGUCGUUGCACUUGGGAAGACCUCCAGACACUAGCUCAUGCUAAGAGAUUCUUGAAGUCUGGACUGAUCAGAUCAUCCAGUAUUAUAUUCCAAGCUGUUAUAGACAGGGGAUCAGCCAAAAUGAAUGCCCAUGUUGUGCUGACUGCCGAUUACCCACAAGUCCCACCACUAUUCAUACUGGACAUUGUGUGGCAGACCCAGCGAACUGCCUUGACAGAUAUCUUUGUAAUGGAGAUGGAGGAGGAAGUCAAUCUGCAUUACCAAGAGCUGUCCAGCAGUACGCAGCAGAAUCAGCUCUUGCCCAACCAGCUACAAAGGCUGUUGAUGUGCUUUGAUGUCUACCUGGAGACAGACACUCCAGCAUCAACCCUUGUGCCAGUGGAGAUUCCAAAAGAAAAGAUCAUGCCAAGAACUAGCAGAGGACCUGCUCGUUCAAAGCCCUUCAAGUAUUUACCAGAGUUAGGAAUUUUUACUCAGAGAUAUUGAGUAUGACAAAUUCAUUGUAACCCAUCCUAUAAAUCUUCAACAUUUUUAUUAAACAGUAAAAUUAGUUUG